ACCCAGGAGUUGAGGUGAGCACGCGUCGAAUAUUCUCUCUGUUUUACCAAGCGAAACAAGAUGUCAACCCCGGACGUCCUCCAGACCCCGUCCACAAACCUCAACACCAUCAGCUACUUCUCGACGGUGGACUAUGCCAUCUUCACGGUCCUCCUCAUUGCCUCCCUCGUGGCCGGGACCUUCGCCGGCUGGAGGAGCAGCAGCGGGGACACCAAGGACUUCCUGACGGGGGGGAAGAGCAUGAACCCCGUCGCCAUCACCCUGUCGCUGCUGGGAGGAGUCGUGUCGGCGCUGUCCGUUCUCGGUAACACAACAGAGAUCUACCUGUACGGGACGCAGUUAUGGAUGAAUCUUAUAGGUUGUUUUUGGGGUUCUCUCGUGGUUGUGCAUCUCUUGCUCCCCACCAUAUACCCCCUCGGGUUGUCUUCCAUGAACCAGUACCUGCAGUUCCGCUUCGACUCCAACCUCCUGAAGAAGCUCGCCUCCAUCACCCAGAUCGUCCACAGCGCCAUGUACCUCGGGAUCUGCCUCUACGCCCCUCCCUCACCCUCAGCUCCGUCACCAAGCUCUCCACCUGGGUCUCCAUCAUCGUGUUGGGAUCGUCUGCUCCAUCUACAUCUCGUUGGGGGGCGUGCGGGCGGUAGUCUACACGGAUGUUCUACAGACGACGAUCAUGUUCAUAGGCGUGGUGUCCGUGGUGGUGCAGGUGUGCAUCGAGUUGGGCGGCGUGGGCGAGGUGUGGGAGAGGGCGGCCCAGGGAGGGCGUCUUGAGUUCUUCAACUUCGACCCGAACCCCCUGGUGCGCCACACCUUCUGGUCGGUGCAGGUCCUCGGCCUCUACUUCUUCGUCAGCACCGUCGGGAUCUCGCAGCCCCAGUACCAGAGGCUUGUCUCCGUCAGGAACUUGAAGAUUUC